AUGGCUCCCCCAACCCCCCUCGCCGUCGCCACCUCGUCAGUCCAGCGCCUCGUCAAGGAGGAGGCAUAUUACCACAAGGACCUCGCCAGCCAGCAGGCCCGCAUCGAGAAGCUCGAGAAGGACAUCAGCGAGAAGAGCAGCGACCUGGACGAGAACGCCGAGUACGUUCUCAAGCAGGAGAAACAAGCCGCAGAGGAGACAAAGAACGUCUUUGGGCCCCUGCGCAACCGCAUCACCGACGCCAUCUCCAAGCUUGAGGAGCAGAUCGCCAUCAGCGAGAGCAGCGGCGACGACGGGGACGCCGCCGCCGCCGAGUUGACCAAGGCGAGGGAGGUGCUGAAGCAGGGCCAGGACGCCCUCAAGGCUGAGGCGUAG